AUGGAUCCCCAGGAGGUGCUGAGCCCUGAAGACCAGCAGCGCUUCCUGAUGGCUCGACUGCUGCUACGACAGCCCAAGCUGGCCUUGCUGGAUGAACCCUUGGCAAACUUGCCAGAUGAGGAUGCCCUCCGCUUGCUGCGGCAGAUCCCCAGUGAUACGGCGAUCGUGAGCUUUUCAAGGCGUCACCGGGAGCCGACUCGUCGCUUGGCUGCUGCUCAUCAUCGCGUCCUUGAACUGGUGGGAGCGACCGCCACGGAAGAUCAGGUGGGCGAAGGAAAGAAGACGAGCGCUGCGCGGCCAAUCCGCUUGGGGCACAAAGUGAAAAGCACCGAGUCGGAGAUGGGUUACUCAGAGAAUGCCAGAAGAUCCACUACUGGAGCUCCCAAUCUGAAGACCUUCAAAGGCCUAGGACCCUGUGAUGAGCGCAGCGGAAUCGGCCGGAAUCGAUGGCGGGAUCGGGGCGGUGUGGUUGGAUUGGCUUCACAAGCCAAGGAUGCCACGGUGGCCGCCAUGGGCGAUGCGGCCUCGGGGCUUUUCUCUUGGCACGGGCAAUGGGAGAAGUUGCCAAGGGGCAUUGCGAAGUCCUCACAUUAUGAUGCAGUUGCUUCAGGCGUCAAUGCGAGGUAUUUGGAGAAUCUCUACUUGCAGUGGAAGGUGAACCCUUCGAAGUUGGACGCCCAGUGGAACGACUACUUCCGAGCGCUGGAGGCAGGCACGAGCUUGAGCUCCACCGGCGUGGUGGGCUCGGGGGGCGCUGGAGGGCUGCAGAACCUGAUCCGAGCCUAUCAGGUUCGAGGCCACGAGUCGGCGAACCUGGAUCCCUUGGGCCUCCAUGCCUGGCGAAAGUGGGAGCAGAAGGGCCUGUCGGAGAGCGUCCCUGAGUUGGACCCGAGCUUCCACGGCUUUAGCGAAGCGGACUUGGGCAAGGCCUUUCAGGUGAGCUUGGCGGGGCUCAACGGAGAACACACGCUGCAAGAGGUGGUGGACACCCUGAAACGGACGUACUCAGGCUCCGUUGGCAUCGAGUAUAUGCACAUCGGUGACUUGCAGAAGAUCGAAUGGGUGAGACAAAGAGUGGAGGAUCCCAAUUUCAUCCCAUCGGAUAAGAACAAACUCCUGAAGGUCUACCAGGAGCUCUUGAAGGUUGACACCUUCGAGCAGUUCUUGAACGUGCAGUACAAGACCACCAAGCGCUUUGGCGUGGAUGGCGGCGAAGCCGCCGUCGCAGGCGUGAAUGCCGCCAUUGAGAAGGCCGCGGCGCUGGGCAUGACGGAGUGCGUCCUCGGAAUGCCCCAUCGAGGGCGAUUGAACGUGCUCACAAAUGUGGUUCGGAAGCCUUUGGUGCAGAUGUUCGCUGAGUUCAAGGGGACGCACUACGAUUUCGAAAGCUUGGUGGAAAAGAGCGAAGGUGACGACUGGCUCUUCGCUGGGGAUGUGAAGUACCACUUGGGAACCUCCCAGACCUUCAGCUUGCCGGGUGGAAACACCAUCACGGCCACACUGGAAGCGAACCCCUCCCAUUUGGAGACUGUGAACACGGUCACCUCGGGCCGAGCCAGAGCGAAACAGUACUAUUUGGGCAACGAUGCUGAGUCCCGCACGCGGGUUCUACCUAUUCUCUUCCAUGGCGAUGCUUCCUUUGCUGGUCAGGGAGUUGUUUAUGAGACCAUGCAACUGGCUCACGUGAAGGAGUUCGAUGUCGGUGGGACCAUCCACGUGAUUAUCAAUAAUCAGGUGGGCUUUACGACGGAUCCUGUGGACGAUCGAUCCACCAUGUACACCUCUGAUGUUGGCAAGACCUUCAACCUUCCAAUCUUGCACGUGAAUGGCGAUGACCCCGUGGCCGUGAUCAGUGCCUUUGAGUUGGCCGCGGAGUGGCGUCAACAUUGGCAGACCGAUGUGCCUCGGGUCUUGGUGGUGGGAGGAGGAUGUGGUGGCCAAAAAGAGGGAGGGGAGUUCGACUUGUCUUCUCUUUUUGCAUUGGUUCGGGGCAAACGAUUCGACGUGUUUCGGAGAGCAGUUUUUGGAAAGGCAGAUGAUCGCCCCGUGGGCGGUUCCAGUGGUUGGAUGCUGCUGUGCAAGUUCUUCUUUUAA